ACAAAUAUCUCUUUAUCAAAGAGUUCGUCAGACAUGGCCAGUGGUCCUACUCAGCGAAUGGAGCUAGCCUGGUGCCGGCAACAUCUCCACAAAAGUGUCAGCAAUGCAGGCUACCUUCAGAGCCCUGCCAGCCGAGGAGGAUCUGUCACUGGCAUGCCUUCUUCUUUGGAGCUUGAGGAACGUAGUAUAGCUAGAGGUGGUGUUAAUACCACUCCAGAGACUGUUAUCUGGUGUAGAAGAGCCACACGGCCCUUUAGCAUCACUGAGGACUCACAGCAGGUAUACACUGCCGAAAGGUGUGCACCAUAUUCCCCAUCCAUGUACAGGGAUUUAAGAAUGGGCUGUUUAGGGAGCAGGGAGUCUUGUUGCCAAUGCCAUGCAGAGGAAAACCUGAAAGCCCAUAAUAAAAUGGUUUAUGGGAUGUUGUCUCCUGCUCUAGGCACCAGACUCUGCCUUAAGAAUGCACAUAGCCUUGCACAUCCAGGGAUGGAUGAUUGCCUUUGUACACAGAGUCCCUUUAAAGGUGAGAGCCACCAUUUACCAGCAUGCAGGUCUGCAUGUGUUAAUAAUGCACUGAAUGCUGGCUCCUUCAAAAACACUUAUGUUGUGCCCUGUCCUGGACAUUUAUUACCUCUACCAGCCUGUGCAGGAAGUUCUUGUUUACCUGAAAGGUCACUACUUCAUUCACCUUGGCAUGGUUUCCCACCUCUGGUGUCCUCUGUCAGUGAGACGGGACUAAACAAUCGGACUGUGGGUCACUGUGAUGGAUCUGAAACAUGUGGGAAGAACAUUUCUAACUUCAGACUAGACCAAAAUAGACAGUCUGGGUUUGGCCAUCGGACAGUAAGAGAUGCCUGCACCAUGACACCUCUAAAGGACUCCAGAGAUGUUGGUGUGCAAACCAUGUCAAAAGAUUCCCUAAUUGCUCCUCUCUCCAAUGCUUUCCCUGAGAUCAGUAUGACAUCUCGUCCAGGUUCAAACACACAUCUAGAUGGAGAGGAUGUAGAGACCAGGAUCUCAGUAAAGGAGGUGGAGUGGGAUGCGGAGGGAAUGACAUGGGAGGUCUAUGGCGCAGCCGUAGACCCAGAAGAGCUUGGCCUGGCCAUCCAGCGUCAUCUAGAGCUUCAGAUCAAAGAAACAGCAGCUGCUGCUGCCCAGAAAAAAACAACUGCAGAGAAUAAUGGUGCCUCAAUGCAACAAAACAAUCGACAGAGGAAGAGUGAAAGUAUGGUACGAUUGCUGUGUGGUCCAGCAUGCUGCUCACGUUCCACUGCUGUAGAAGACUGGGGAGAUUAAUGAAAUUGUAAGCUUAUAAGCAUGUAAACUGCCUUCUUUACCUCUUAAGCACUUUUUGAAUUAAUAUAGUAGAUGAAGUCCAAGCACCUGACAGGGUAUGUGUUUGUUCAUCCCUUAAAGUCCCAACUUAUUAAUCAGUUACUAUUCUUAAAGCAGAGAACUAAUCAAUUCUCUGAGAAAAUUUGAAGAGGCAACAUUCUGGACUUCUAUACUCAGGAAAAAACUUUAAGGCAAUACUUGAAAAUAACAUAGACACAUGUACAUUGUACCUGAGUCAAAUCUAGACCUGGUAAAUGUAUUUGGGGAAAAAAUUGGUAACUUCAUAUAGCAAAUGGCUAUAUCACAAACUCUCAAAUUGCUCUUGGUAUUGUUGUAUAUAUCCUACAUGCCUUUAGUAAAGGGCAUUUUCAGAUUUACAAUUACAAGUCCACAAUCAAGACCUUAUUGUAAAGUACAGAUUAUGAUUAAUUGAUUAAAUUUAGUAUUUGUGUUUUGACAGAACAAAUAAGAUUAUGAUAUAUAUUAUGCUUUACAUUAUAACUGCUAGCAGGUAUAGAUUUAAAUUAUGCACAUGCUUCAUUUCAAACCUAAAAUAAGAUCGUACUGAUAAGAUGUAAGGUGGUGAUGAUAUUUUGGUAAUUUUUUAAUGCUGUUUGAAAAUACAAAAACACUAUUAUGUUUUUGAAGUAAUGAAGACAUUCUACACUCACUGUCCACUUUAAUAUUAAAACCUGUACACCUGCUCAUUUAUGCUGUUAUCCAAUAAGCCAAUCAUGUGGCAGCAGCACAAUGCAUAACAUAAUGUAGAUACAGGCUUGGUGAGUCUGUGCCCAUAAUAGCCUCAGAUUCCUGUUUUUGGCUGGCAAGCGUGGAACCUGAUGUGAUCGUCUGCUGUUGUAGCCCAUCCACCUCAAGGUUUGAUGAGAUGUUGAGCAUGUUGAGAUGCUUUUCUGCUCGCCAUGGUUGUAAAGAGUGCUUUUUUGAGUUACUACAUCCUUCCUGGCAGCUCAAGUCAAUCUGGUUUAUCAGCAAGGCAUUUCUACCCACAGAAGUGUCGCUCACUUAAUGUUUUUUUGUUUUUCGCCCCAUUCUGUGUAAACUCUAGAGACUGUUGUGUGUGAAAUUCCCAGGAGUUCAGCAGUUUCUGAAACAUUCAAUCCAGACCAUCUGGCACCAAAAACCAUGUCACAAUUAAAGUCAAAUAGAUCACAUUUUCCCCCCAUUCUGAUGUUUGAUGUGAACAUUAACUGAAACUCUUGACCUGUAUCUGCAUGAUUUUAUGCACUGAGCUGCUGUCACAUGAUUGGCUUAUUGGAUAACUGCAUAAAUGAGCAGGUGUACAGGUGUUCCUAUUAAAGUGGACAGUGAAUGUGACCUAAUUUCUUAGAAAAACAAAUACAGGAAACCAUGUCUACUGAGAUCCUUAGUUCUUUUCUCCAUAAUGCACCUCCUUAAUAAUUAAUGUUUAAGCUCGCUAGGAAGUUAUUCAAAGUUUCAUUAUGAUUUUUAAUUUUGGAAAACACACCUACCUGACAGGCCAACUUGAUUUAGCCAGUAUUGUAUUGAACAUUGUACAUAACGUCCAACCUCAACUUGGUCCAGUACACAGUCUUCUUACUGUGUAUUUUUCUAGUCAAUAUCUAGAUUCAAGGGAAAUGUAAACUGAAGCCUUAAUUGUUGAAUCAAUUAUGGUUCGAUAAAUUGUGUGGUGAAAAGUUAUAGCAGUUCAUGGAUGAGAAUGCAUUUGUGCAUAUUGUAUUGUGUAUGUGUAUUUUGCCAAGUCUGGUCAAAUCUCAGAGUGCACUCACAGCUUUCAUCUUUUGCCAAAGCAAAUCAUACCUUUCUUUAGACCACAGCAUUGUGAUUCACUGUCAGUAGAUAGAGUAAUGUAAAAGGUCUACUAACAAAAACCUAAUUUAUGCUAUAUAAUGGAAGUGUUAACAAUAGCUUUUGUCUGAAUAUGUGUAACAAUAAAUUGUGUGAAAAAAUGAACCCUAAAUGCUGUUUCUUUUGUUCAGAGUACAUGAAAUACAACCCCAAUUCCGAAAAAGUUGGGACAGUAUGGAAAAUGCUUAUAAAAACAAACAAAUAGUAGUGAUUUGUAAAUGUACUUUGACUUGUAUUAAAACAAAGAACAUAUAAAGACAAAGUAUUUGGUGUUUUAUCUAAUCAACUGCAUAGUUUUUUGAAGGUAAACGUUUAUUUUGAAAUUGAUGCAUGCAACACGUUCCAGAAAAGGUGGGACAGGGGUAAUUUAGGACAAAUAGCUAUGUGACAAAUAAUAAGAAGGUGAUGUGAAACAGGUGAGGCAAUCAUCUAAUCAUAGUAUAUAAGGAGCCUCCAAAAAAAAGCAUAGUCCUUCAAGAGCAAGAAUGGGUCGAGGCUUACCAAUCUGCCAACAGAUGUGUCAGCGAAUAAUCCAAAACUUUGAGAACAUUCCCCAAAUACAAAUCGGUAGGAUUUUGGACAUUUCACCUUCUACAGUACACAAUAUAAUUCAAAGAUUCAAGGAAUCUGGUCAAAUCACUGUGUACUCAUGUACUAUAUGUAGCGGAUGUGGUUGUCUUUUACAUGUUGAUACAGCAUGUUUGUUUCUGCAUGAAACAUUAGACAGGGAAAGCAGAUGAGGAUCCUGUUAAACAUGGUGAAUAUUGUUCUGGUAAAAUGCUCUGGAAAUUUCCAUUGUCCUUUCACUGACAUUUUGCGUGUUUGGAUGAUCAGGCACAUUCUCUGGUAUUGGCAGUACUGGAGCAACUCUUCUCACUUCAUUUGUGGUGUGCUUAUUGUGUCAUGUUUCACUGUUUAGGGUAAACACAACAACAACUCAGUGUGUCAGUGUUAGUUAACCCGCCAUCCAAAGACUAUUACUAAUCUGUAAUAUCAUUUAUCUCAGAAUAUGACAGUGUUUACAGAUAGUCAGUAACAUCCUGAACUAGUUACAUAUGUUAAAGGAUUCAGAUACCUUUCCAUAGUUUUUAUUUUUAUUUUUUUUUAAAACAUAAAUUAGUUUCAUGAGCAUCAUGGUUAGCUUUGCUGCCUUACAGCUCCAGGAGCCUGGUUUUGAUCCUGUGCUCAGGUUACAAAUUUUCACGUUCUCCCCAUUCCUACACGGGUUUCCCAUCUCCCACCUCCCUAAAAACAUACAGGUAGAUGGGUUGGCUAUGUUUAUUUGCCUCUAGGAGUGAAUGAGUGUGUAAAUGUGUGUGUGCAUGGUGUCCUGUGAUGGACUGGUGAAUUCAAUUGACCAGUCAAUUAGGCUUAUGACUACAGAAUAUAACAACUUUAACAAUAGCAGUUAAUCACGAUUUUCACCAUUAUAGAUUACACUGUUUAAAAAUAAUUAUAAAAUAA